GCCAUCCUGACAGUUUAUAUGGGCUAUUGAUGGGAGGUCACGUCAUACAAAAUUAUUAUCUUGUUGCUAUUAAAAUUGUGAGAAUACUGUGAAUUCUGUCGAUUUGACGUGGACAACGAGGAAUAACAGUGAUUUUCUAGCGUUAGAACAUUAUAGGACAGUAGACUGUAGUUUUUUGGUAAAAGAAAAGUUUUAAUAUCCUGAAUAACGUGUACGGUGCGCCGCCGUCGGCGAAAACGCUUCCUCGAGAGUGUAUAACUCUUUCGUGCAUUGGUGUUUUGUGAAUAUAUACUUGGAACUGGCGGUGUUUCGACGUACGGCUCUGACGGACCGUACGACAGGUUAUGUCAACUGGAUUAUCAGGUGCUGUCUCAGAUCAGCGGAUGAAAGGACAAACUAACAGUCAGGUAAGUAAUGGUCCCAAGGAGCAUCGUCAGCAGCAACAGCAAGGGGAACAUGGGGGAGCAGAAGACACUGGAUUUGAUUCCUGGCGAGGUGGCAAUAAUACACAGCAUCACUCCAGCUAUCCAAUUGGCACAGGAGAUCCCUACAGUCCCUAUUAUGCAGGAACAUCCUUUCCUUAUCAGACAUUCGGUGCAGGCGAUGGCACAUGGUCAAAUGGAACCGAUCCAGUUGCAUUUCUCUCAGGCUACGGUGGGCAAAUAAGUCACGAUGCAUACGGAAUGGACGGAAUGUUCUCCGCCAAUGCAGGCGGUGGUUUUGGAACUUUUGGUCAGCCGGCCUUUAAUUAUUUUCAUGGCAAUGGUGAUUUCAAUGCAUGGGGAACGCCAAGAAAGGCGCGCUACGAGGACUACUAUCAACAGCAGUCGCGCGGCGGUGAGAACUAUCAGACUACGAGCGGAGGUGAGAUGAAAGGAAUGGAACAGAGUGUUCAGGGUCUAUCAAUUAGUGGCGAAGUGCCACGACAAGAGCAACAGCCAGUCGCUGCCAGUCAACCGAAAUCAGAGCCCAAGGAACCGAGGAAAAUCACAUGGGCAAGUGUCGCGAGCCAACCAGCAAAGCCUGUGCCUCCUCUCUCAUCAACCCAAGGGAUGAAGAAAAAAGCUGGAAUGCCUCCACCGCCCAUCGUACCCGGCAAACACAACAUGGACAUUGGCACUUGGGGCGAGGGUAAAUCUUCCAUUCCACCACCAAAGGCGCCACCCCCGCCUCAAGUACAACCGCCACUGCCAUCGCCACAGCCACCGGUUCAAAGACAGCGACCUCAUCCAUCCACUGCCCAACCCGUUUGGAAUCGACUACCCACCAGUCCUCCACCGCAACAACCAAAUCAACAGAUUCAAUUGCCGCCGCAAAUUCAGCAUCAACCUCCGCCCCCACCACCGCCUCCUCAACAGCAGCAGCAGCAACAACAACACUCUCAUCAUCACCAUCCUCCUCAACAUCAUCAACAACAACAACAACCACCACCACAACCUCCACCGCAACAGCAAAUGAAUCCCCAACAGCAAUUAAUGGCAAACCCCGUUCUCGACGAACUAAAAGUUAAAAACGAAUACAAUCCCAUCGAACUCGAGGAAAUAGCCCCGAGUUCAAGAUUUUUUGUUAUCAAAUCCUAUUCCGAGGACGAUAUCCACAGAUCAAUAAAAUAUGAGAUUUGGUGUAGUACCGAGCACGGUAAUAAACGAUUGGAUCAAGCAUUCAGAGAGGCGAAUCGCGAGGGUGCACCAUUAUAUUUGUUCUUUUCGGUGAAUAGUUCGGGACAUUUUUGUGGAAUGGCACAAAUGGUCUCGUCCGUCGAUUAUCAGAGUAAUAGUUCCGUAUGGUCGCAGGACAAGUGGAAGGGACAAUUUCGUGUGCGUUGGAUUUAUGUGAAAGACGUACCAAAUGGACAAUUGCGUCAUAUUAGGUUAGAGAAUAAUGAGAAUAAACCGGUGACCAAUUCGAGGGACGCACAGGAAGUACCGCACGCAAAGGGCGUGCAUGUUUUGCGUAUUUUACAUACCUAUCGUCAUUCGACUAGUAUCUUUGAUGAUUUUGGACAUUAUGAGCGUAGACAGGCGGAGGAGGAUCAGCGUAAGGUGCCAGUUAAUCCAAUACCACAUCAUCCACCAGCUAAUCAUAGGAAUAGAGGGCAUCCAAAUGAUAUGCCGAGGGAGCAUCAUCAAUAUCAUCAGCAUGGACAGCAACAUUCACAUCCACCUCAUCAGCAUUCACAACAUUCACGCGAUCAACGGGGUGAACAGCAGCAACAGCAUCAGCAGCAGCGUGAUCAACGGGAUCAUCCUCAUCAACGUGAACAACAGCAGCAGCAGCAGCGGGAUCAACGGGAUCAUCCACAUCCACGUGAUCAGAGGGAUCAUCCGCAUCCACGUGAUCAGAGGGAUCAUCGUGAUCAGCGCGAUCAUCCGCAUCCCCGUGAUCAGAGGGAUCAUCGUGAUCAGCGUGAUCAUCCUCAUCCACGUGAUCAGAGGGAUCAUCGGGAUAUGCGCGAUCAACGUGAUCAGCGGAAAGAACGUGACAAUCGCGGCAGAGGCAGAGGGGGUCCUCGUCAGUAGCAACGGAUUCCAUCAAAGAUUGAAAUUGUGGCUAAUAGUAAACGGCAACGAGGAAAAAUGCUGCGACUAAUUAUCAAUUUAUUACUUAUUCCUUCGCUUAACUCCCGGAAUGACGAGAGGUUUCAAUUCGUCGUGAUUGGACCGAAGACGUCCACGCUACUCCAUUUAAUUAAACGAUUAAUCCGUACGAUAAUUAGCGUUGCAAACACAAACAAAAAAACUUGGUAAAUAUUAUCUAUAUUCAUAAUUAUUACGAACAACAACAACAACUUGACUUGAAUUUACACAAGGGCUAACGGGAAACAUUUGAGACAGUACGGGGCGCAAAGUGUGGUGUUUAACGUGCUACUAUGUGUUUGACAAACAUUCAAAUUUAAUAAUUAAAAAAGAAAGAAAGAAAGAAAGAAAAAAGAAGAAACGAAAUGAAUGAAUAAUUAUUAAAAAGAAAAAUGAAAGCUGAAAAAAAUGAAUUGUGUGGGAAACCAUCGGAACAAACAAGAAAAAAAAAACUUUAUGUGGACAUUAAACUCUUGUAAAAUGCUUGACCAUACUUUUGUUGAAACUGAAGAAAUUCUAUAUAUGCAAGAAGCGAUAUUAUAUUGCGAGUGUCGUUUGAAUUAAUUACUGUUUUUUGAAAACUCCAAAUGAACGUUUAAUCUGGUGCCUGCGAUCGAACUGCGAUUCUCGAUUAAUAAACAAAAGAAAAAGAACAAUAAUAAUAAUAAAAGAAAAAAAACGAUGCAGGAAUUUAUCACAACGUUAUAAGUUUAAUUAUACGGAGUAAAAGAAAAUCGAUGGAUAAUAACAGAAAUUAUUGUCAAAAAAAAAAAAGAAAAAUGGUUAUAUUUUAACCAUAAAUCUAUUGCCUAGAGUGAAUUAUAAAAUUUGCAAUUUGAUAAUGUCAAUCAUCAAUUAAAUUAUUACGGCCAAAGGUAUAAUAAAUUGCUAAAGAGUCCAUGAGCCAAAGAGAAAAUAUUACGAAAAUAAAAUUCGUACAAUUGUUGAAAGGA